CAAUGGGGCCUUUCAUAAAUUUACAUUCUUUUUGUUGUUUUAAGUACUUUUACAUACAUGAUUAUGCCCACAGGUAAUAGGAAACCAGUGUUUCCAAAGAAAACUUGAUCACAUUGCUAGAUAACGCAGGUAUCCUAAACAAGUACGUGAGUGCCUGGAGGCUUUCUGCUGCUGCCAGAAGUACAUAUUUUUUUGAUUGGUAAGAACAGCCAGAUGACGCUUCAUGAAAUAUAAAUGCAAGAAAGACUCAGAGAGCUCAAUAAAAACCUUCCACCGUCAGCCUAAGAGGAUAAGAGAAAGUUAAGCAACUACAGGAAAUGGCUUUGGGAGUUCCAAUAUUAGUCUAUCUUUUAUUCAAUGCAAUGACAGUACUGACCAAAGAGGCAGAAGGGACUGCAACACCUCCCAUCACAGCCCAGCAAGCUGACUACAUAGAAGGAUCCAUAGCCUUAAAGUUCUCACACCCUUGCCUGGAAGACCACAAUAGUUACUGCAUCAACGGUGUUUGUGCAUUUCACCAUGAGCUAGAGAAAGCCAUCUGCAGGUGUUUUACUGGUUAUACUGGAGAAAGAUGUGAGCACUUGACCUUAACGUCAUAUGCUGUGGAUUCUUAUGAAAAAUACAUUGCAAUUGGGAUUGGUGUUGGAUUACUAAUAAGUGCUUUUCUUGCUAUUUUCUAUUGCUACAUAAGAAAGAGGUGUCUAAGACUGACCUCGCCUUAUAAUGUCUGUGAUGGAAGGAGACCACUGUGAGACCUUGGUAAGGAAUUUUUCAUCAAGGCAUUUGUAAAAAUCAGUGGGCCCAAAAUUGGAAUCUUCAAACGAUCAACAGAACUUGCCAAGCUGACUAGACCUGAAAAUAAUAGAAGUUGGGAUCACAAUGAAAUGAGAGGAUAAGAUUCGACAUUGGCCUUCAGACUUUGCCAUCAUUAGGGUGCCACGGAAGCCAAGUGAACAGGACAUAAUGACAGAAGUCAAGUUCACAGCCUUCUAUUCUGGGUUUGCUGUUGUUGCGUGGUUAUUGUUCGCUGCAGGGAGACUGAGUUUCAUGCUUCUGACCAUGUCAGAUGUGAAUUUUCAUGGGAAUAAUUAUCAACCUUGCAGCAAGGCAAAACAAUACCAAGUUUGGAUUCUUCAUGUGCUUGUUACCCACCAUUUUGGAACACCUAGAUGGAGCCUCUCUAAGGCUAUUUAUUCAAUGGACUAAUCCCUAACAUGCUGCUUUCAUGGUGUUUCAAAUAAUGUGAAGUCAACAUUUAGGAUAAGAUCAAUGUUAUGGCAUGUCCAAUGAACCAAACAUGUGUCUUAAGUCUAAGCCAUUGAAAAGAAAAUGGAAUGUCCAGGGCAAACACAAAUCAUACCCAGCUUGUGACAGCACUGUGCAGCUUUUAUAUGUGAAACAUGGAGAAAGCUAAAGACUUUCCAAGGGCUGAAAGCUAUCUGGAUAUCAAGUCCAGAAUAGGCAAAGCAUUUCUGUUUCUGUAUGAAUGGUAAAACUUUGUGUUGGA